AUGGCCAGUAUCUUCGGCUUCCCCCCCUCAACCAUGGGGUCCCCUGCAGCUGCUGCUCCAGGUAGCAACGCCGCCAGCAACAAACUCAAAACUGCCACUGUGAACCCCUUUGGGGCGCCGCCCUUCCACUUCACAGCACAACAGCAGCAGCAGCCGCAGCAGCCACAUCAACAGGCAAAGCAAGGGCAGCAGCAGCAACAAAGACUGUCCCUUCUGAGCGCUGUUGCUGGGGAAUCGACUGGGAAUUACGUCAAUACGUACACUUUUCCAAAGCAGGAUCUGCAGCAGCAGCAGCAGCACCAAGACGAGACUGUGUGUUGUUGCCUUACUGGGGCAGCCACUGGCGGAGUAGCGGCGCUUCAAUUUUUCCGAGUGCUGCAGCAGAGCAGCAGCAGCACGCGUGGGCACAGCAGGUCAACAGUGCGAAUUGGUUGCUAUUUGCUGCAGCAGCAACAGCAGGAGCUCUGUGAGACUGGUACUUUCGAGGUGCAUGUGCCGGGACAUGACGUUGAGGAAGAGGGGUUCUUCAAUUUUAUUUGCUGCAGCAGCAGCGGCAAAGCAAUCGCCCUCUGCUGCUCUCGUGCCUGCUGCGUUGCUGCUGUUCCGCUGCUCCAGCAGCAACAGCAAGCCGCAGCCAAAAGCAGCAGCAACAGCACGCGCGAUUGCUGCAAGACUAUCGGGCAGCUGCUCUUGGCGAGUAACAACAUGGAGCUGGGACAGCGGAAGCAGCAGCAGCAGCAGCAGCGCAGCUUUCUGCAGGUGUCCUUCCACCCCUUCUCUGACUCGGCACUUGCGGUACUGACCCACGAGUCGCUGGCUUUAGAAGCAGAAGCAGCAGCUUCUGCUGGUGCAGCAGACUGCAGCGACGUGCAUGCGGUGCUACGGCUGUUUGAAAUUUGCCGCAGUACGGAAAAACCCGAGCAGGAAAUUUUGCUUCCUGCAGCAGGCGAAGCAGCAGCGGCUGCUGCAGCUUUUCCUGCAGUCCCUGCUGCUGCUCAACCAGGACAUUUAGCUUCUGCCUUUCAAUUCGGAGCUGCAGCAGAGCGAAUACACUUGUGGACAGCUCUUUCUGUCUUCAUAUCUUAUCCUCCUGGCAGCAGCAGCAGCAGCUGUCUUUGUCUUUCUCCCUUCCUCCCAGCGCACAGUCAGUUGCCGCCUGCUCUCUCAUUGCAGCUGCAUGAUGCUGCGCUGCAGCAGCAGCUGCAGCAGCAGCAACAGACCAGGACCAACAGCUGCAGCAGCGGAGAGGCGGCUGACAAAGAGCAGGACGGCCGCCCCACAGGGACGCUGCUGCAGCAGGAGGUCUCACUGUGGCUAGAAGACUGGGCCAGCGGAAGCAGCACCGCUAAAGGCAGCAACAGCAAAAGCGGCAACAGCAACAUGCAGGCAGAGCCACAGUUGCUGCUGCUGCCUCUUCCUCAGGGGAGCCCUCCGGCUCAGCCGCAGCAGAUGGCGGAGGUGUUACUAUGCACUUACCCAUUGCUGUUGAUGCUGCGCUGCAGCAGCAGCAGAAACAACAACUUACAACUUGAGUGCCUUGCCAGUUCAGACACUGUGCAGCCGCGUUUACAGAGAAAAGCUACGCUGAUACAACAAAAGCAGCAGCAGCAGCAGCGACAAACACAGCAGCAACUGCCGAAGCCACUCUCAUUCGUCUCUCUCGCAACUGCAAAGGGGCCAGUUGCCAGCAGCAGCACCGCUUUGCAGCUGCGGCCACUCCCUGCCGUGGCAAGCAGUAACAGCAGCAGUUGUGCUGCGCUUUGCUGCAGCAGUGGCGCCUUCCGCGUAAGUGUGACGGGGGUCUUUGCGGCUGUGCAGCAACGACUGCAGCAGCCACAGCAGCGGCAGCCGCAGCAGAAGAAAGACGCCAUCUCUCUUUGUGUGAAGACUUUAGCGACUAACACUCGCUGGCCCCUGAAAUUCCUGCCUCCUUUUUCCUGGUUCGUUUCGGCCCCCAACGUCUUAGUUGCACUUGCCGCAGGUACAGCAGCGGCAGCAGCAGCUGCAGAACCAGCUUCAACAUCAACCGAAGCAGCAGCACCAAGAGCAUCAGAUGCUACUUCGCUGCUGGUGCUGGACCUGGAAGCUGCUUCGGGCCUUGAGCCUCCUUCAGGUUGCAGAAACAGCAUGCCAGCUAGCGAACAGCAGCAACAGCUGCAGCAGCAAAUGCAGCAGCAGCAAAAGCAGCACAAGUGUCACGUGAGCGAGCAGGCAUCGGCUGCGCUCAACUCAGCGUACCAGCAGCAAAGACAGGGGUUGCUGGAGCUCCGACAGCGGCGUGCAGCAGCAGCAAAAACAGCAGCAGAAGCUGCUGCAGCUGAGGCAGCAGACCCCACCAGUAGUAUCCAAAAGGCGCGGCGAGCAGCAGCAGCAGCUGCUGCAGAGGUUGCUGUUGCUGCUGUGAAGUGGAUAGAAACUGCAGAGUCGACGUUUCUCAAGGAGGAGCGGCAGCAAAUGGUCCUGCUGCAACGAACAGUCCCGAAGAUGCUGCGGUGCAGAGCAGCAAUGCUGCAGCAGCAGCUGCUGUUGCAGGCUGACGAAGCAGAACGCAUGCAACAGCAACAAAAAAAGCAGCAGCAGAAGCUUUCCGAGCUCGAGCGACAGUCGGAAGAAUUGAAACGGCGCUGCAGCUCAGUUGCUGCAUUGCUUGCUGCUGCUGCUGCCUCUCUUCGUCGGCGACAGCUCGCGGUGUCUCUCCCGCAGCACGCAUUGCUGCUGCAGCUGCUACCGUCACAGCUGUUGUCACUUGCUAGUCCUGCCCUGCUGCACCACGAAGGACCAACAAAUGUCUCUCCACUGGUGCGGCUUACAGCAGCAGUCACAGCGCAGAUGCUGGCCAUUCAGCAGCGGGAGCAGAAGCUGCAGCAGGAGAUUUUCUGUUUCGAUUCUUCGCAGGGGGCGCCCAGUAACCACUAG